AUGGCAGAGAACGACACGCCAGUGAUAGCGCCGCCGGUAGGAGCGACGCCCGCGGCUGUCAGCUCAACAUCAACCUCAGCACCACCCCCUCCUCCUCCUACCCCUGCUGCCACAUCCACACCCACUGCCUCGGCCUCCUCAGCCUUUCCUAGACCAAAGGUGCUGCUCCCUCCUUCCUCGUUCCCCUCGUCCUCUUCAUCAGCAGCAGCAACAGCCCCGGCUACUCUCACGCCCCCUUUACCGGCUCCGAGCGAUGAGGCGAAGCCCACAAUGGCCGAGCUGCAGGCCGCGUACGCCUCUACGAUUCAGAGCAACAAGAGGGCAGGCGUAGGGCCGGACGCGCCGCUCAUGACCCAGGCUAUGAGGGACAAACAUGAAUCUCGGGCGGGGGGACCUGGGAGAAGAGCAUUUGAAGAGAUACAUGUCCGCUUCCGCUUCUCAGACCGGACCCUCCUAGAGUACACUCUCCCCUCGACUACCCCCCUCCCCAAUCUCUAUCCACUGCUGCGCUCCGCCCUCCUCUCCACUCACUCAUCCAAGCCAUUUACGCUGUACACCUCCCCGCCCAAGAUCGACUUUCCCGAAGAAGGCAUCACCGGUCCACCCCUACCGGCAGCUCUACCCGGCCGUCCGCGUGUGGCAAAAAAGCCCGGCCAGGAGUUUCGGGGAAAGACGAUUGGCGAGAUGGGCUGGGGCGGGGGAGCCAUUGUUUCGGUGCGCUGGACGGGGGCAGGGGAUGAAGGGCUCAAUUCGUCGGCUGCACUUGCGCCUAUUAGUGAGGAUCUGAGAGGAGAGGGAAAGCCGCUGGAGGCGCCGAAGAUGGGUGAGACGCAGGGAGGAGCUGCUCCUGCGGCCGGAGGACAAACUCUGGGUGGACCAUCGAGCUCAGUGGAAGGUGAGGCGAGGGAGAAGAAGGUGCCCAAAUGGUUCAAGGGAAUUGGAAGUGAAAAAGUAGUGGAUACAUCUGUCUAUACCUCACGCAAGAUACGCGUCCCUUUCUUAUUCUACAUGAAGUUGUCAAAGGUUGCAAAAGAUGAUACGUGA